CUCUUCUUUUACUUCCCAGACUUCCACUCCUCAGCCCAGCCUUGCUUCUUCCGGCUUGAAACUCUGUCACAAGCCGGCCUUGCUUUGAACAUUACCGACCUGGGGCCCUGUCUUUCUGCUGUCAUCACUCCAGGCUCACUCCCUCUCCAUCCUCACUAGCCUCCGAGUGGUCUGUGACCACGCCCAUCCAAUCCUGUUUCCUGCAAGCAAAUCCCCGGUGCAUCUGCUGUCGUCAAGACUACUACAGAACAAUGGCCCUCACUCAUCCGCCCACCGCUGAGCGAACGAUUCGAAAAAUUGACAUUGCCCAAGUGUCCCUCAACCUCCAAGAUCGUCUCGGCCUCGCCAAGGUCAAGUACCAGAAUGGUCGACUCCAUGCUAUUGACCCCAACGUCAACGGAGGAAGACAGGCUUCAUUGGGAAGUGACAAGCCAUCGGAUUCCUCGUCAGACAUUUCCCACGGUCGUAGUGAGACGCCUUUGACUCCGCCGCCCUUGCCGAAUCCGUCCUAUUCCAAGGAGUUGCCCAGGUCGUCCCGCAACAAACAUGCAGCAACCUUCGACUCUCGAGUGAUGCAGCCGAUGUUGUCAGCCAGUCGGAAACGUCUACGGUCGGACUCAGUCACCGAGCAGACUGUGAAGGCACCCCGAGUUUCCUGGAAGGCUUCAUAUCAUCUGCCUGAAUCGUCUCCGGGUUUCAACCGACACCGAGCAGGCCGGCAGCUCCACCUCCCUUUCAUGCCAGAUUCAGCUACGAUUCCAGAAUAUUCAUCGCCCGCAUAUCCUCCGCCGUCUGAGGACGAUAAUGAUCCAGAUCUUCCUGUCCACAGCUUCCAAGCUGUAAGCUCCAUGGUGGGCUCCUCCCCCCCGCGCACUCCCCCUCCCAAGCACACCCGUUCGUCCCGCAACGAACGAAACCUACGCCAUGAGGACGGGGCCGAUCUGCUUCUAUACCUUGCCAACUCUCCCACGCCAGCCAGUGUCAGCAAGCCCCAGGCCCGAGAUUUUCCUCCUUCGACACCCCCCAGCCAGCAUGCCGUUUUACCAUCGCUGACCCCAACCCUCGGGGGUGGUGUCUUUCCCAGCUUCGGCACUCCAAAUCAACAAUUCAAUUUUGCUGAUUUUGUGAACGUGACGCCGAGUCCAGCACAGCCAGCCUGGGGCGGCCGCACACCAGGGGGGCCGUCAAGGACCCCCCUGGCUAAUAAAGACCGCAGGCGCUCCAACCUGGACAGCAUGCUACCACCAGGGGCGGAUAGCCCCAAAAUCCGCUCAAAGGGACCGACGACUGUCUUGCAACUCGGGGAGGAGUUGCGACCGUAGCCCCAUCGUCCAUUGGAUGUAUAUGCCCGCUUCCAAUUAUGGCUGCAAUUCGGGCUUAAUACUUACGACUCUUGAUGACUGUUAUGUUCACAUUUUCCCUAUUUUUGUCCUAGUCUCAUACCCCCUUUUGCUGUGUUGCUCCUUCUCUGCUUCCAUAUCCCCCCUUUAACUCGAUGAAACCAUACCGGGCUACAAAUGUCUGAAAUUACUUCCCUGUUCUCCAUAUCACUUUCUUUCUUGUGUCGCAAUUACGAUCAAGGGAUCCCUGGUUAUGCUUUUUCUUUGUGUGCGAAAAACAGAACCAUGUGACCUACCAAUCCAUCGGUGAAUAUUCGACCUCCCUUACCAUACCAUGGCUUCCCAGUUCCCACUGGAUUACUUUUUUUUCAUCAUAUUCACUGACGAUGGACUAUUCAU